ACAAUGGGGGGGUCAGCAUCGACAAGGGCAGGAGAUCACGGUGAUCAGCAAUGGCGGAGAAGGAGAAGGGGACGGUGAAGUGGUUCGAUUCGUCGAGGGGUUUCGGGUUUAUCAGGCCGGACAAUGGCCGUGAGGAUCUCUUCGUUCACCAGUCCUCGAUCCAGUCUGAUGGCUACCGAACCCUCACUGAUGGCGAGAAGGUAGAGUUUUUUAUCAGCGAGGGAGAUGAUGGGCGAACCAAGGCUGUCGAUGUUUCCUCUAUUGAUGGAGGAGCUAGCCAGGGUGGAGGUGGCCGUCGGGAAGGUUAUGGCCGCGGCGGUGGGAGGAGAGGUGGUGGGGAUGGGGGUUUUGGUGGUAGGGGAGCGUGUUAUACCUGUGGGGAAACGGGGCACUUGGCUAGGGAUUGUCAUCAGCGUGGUGGAGGCGGCGGCGGCGGCGGCAGGUAUGGAGGUGGUGGUGGUGGUGGUGGAGGUGGUGGUGGGUGCUAUAAUUGCGGGGAGACGGGGCACUUUGCGAGGGAGUGCCCCGACUCCAAGCAAGGGUAAGGAUCUCUGGAUCUUCUAGUGUUCAUUUCGUUGUUGUUGCUGCUGCUGUUGUUGUUAUUGUGGUUGUUGUUGUUGUUAUGGUGUUGCUUUAGAUCUUGGUCAAUGUUUGGAUGAUGAAUGUCGUGUUUGAUGGCACAUAUAUAUGGAUUUUGAUCUGUGGUUUUUUUUUUUUUCUUCUCUUUGUGAUCUCUUGCUUCUGAUUCUGGAUAAAUUCUCAAAUGUAUGAUUGGUGAUUUCUUUGUUC